AUUGUAUCUAAAAAAAGUCGUAUAUAACACCACUAAUUUUUGUUAAACUGCACCAAUUGAUUUUUCGAUUAUUUUGCUUUCGCAAGUAAUCAAAAUGAUACUUUUUCAACUUUCUUGUGUUUUAGUGGUGCUCAUCCAGUUAUCACAACAGGCCGCAAUUGAAAACAGAAUUGUUAAUGGUCAGAUAGUAAAAUCUAUAGAAGAAUAUCCAUAUCAAGUGGCGCUAUUUGAAAAAACUUCGAUAAAUGAUUAUAAAUUCCAAUGCGGAGGAUCUAUUAUAUCAAAAAAAUAUAUUCUCACUGCCGCUCAUUGCGUAAGUGUGCCUAAUACAACGCAAACAUUACCAGCUGAACAUAUAUUUGUUAUAGCGGGAAAAACCAGUGUAGCCAAAUUUGAUAGGCAAUUAGCACACAUACCUAAUAAAAUAAUAAAACAUUCAAACUACAAUUUAGAAUUUAAUUCCGAUGGAUCAUUAUUAAACUCAACAAAUGAUAUUGCUCUAAUAAAUCUCAAGGAGCCUUUGGAAUACUCCGAAACAAUUAAUAAAGUCAGGUUACCUAAAAAACAUCAAUCAAUUUUCUUGAUUUACGGUAAAACCGCUGUAGCAACUGGAUUCGGGAGGUUAUAUAAUAAUGUCAUUACUACAGAUCUAUAUGCUGUUAAUCUUACAAUUCCUGAAGAAAAUGAAUUGAAUUUGAAGAUUAGUGAUAAAAUACUUAUACUUGGAAAUGAACAACAAAGAGGAGUUUGUUACGGUGACUCUGGAGGGCCCCUAGUUGUAAAUGGCGUACAAUGUGGAGUUACAAAUCAUUUCAUUUCCAGUGAUUCUGAUACACAUGUUCCUGCUUAUUGUCAUUUAGGAAAACAUUUUGUCUUCGCUAAUGUCAAUCACUACAGGGACUGGAUAUCCGAGAAUUCUGAUGUCGAUGAAGAGAAUGCUGAUAAUAGUAACCAUCUUAAAGAAAGUAGUAUUGAACUACAGUAAAUCGAAGAUAUUACAGUUAAUCAGUAAUAAAAUUAUUAUGAUUUUUUUCAAAUUUAAAUUGUAAUAAUAAUUGCAAUAGUGUGUGAGCUUUAAAUGUAUCAAUAUUGAAAAUAAACAACCUUUAGUAAAAAUUA